UAAAGGCUAUGGUAAGUCCACAAAUACAUCUUUCCAAAUGGUUGGUUUUGAUUAUAAGUAUUAUCGGUAUGACAAGCGAUGGGCAUGCUCGAGCGAGAAUCCUUAUAUCAAACCAAGUUACAGGUUUCAACAAGCCUAAAGGAACGGUGAAAACCAUUGAGAGUCAUGAAACUGGUGAAGUGAUCGAUUGUGUUGACAUCUUCAAGCAACCUGCUUUUGAUCAUCCACUUCUCAAGAAUCAUACCAUACAGAUGAAACCAAACUCAAAUCAGAAAGCAAAUGGAGAGAAAUAUGUGGAAGGUGCGUUCCGUCAAGUUUGGUGGAAAUAUGGUGAAUGCCCUGAAGGAACGGUCCCCAUCAAAAGACGACAAAAUCUUACCAAUCAUCAUGUUAGACCGUUGACUCCACGCCUGCAUCAACUCAAUUUGAGCAGGAAUGACAUCAAUGGAGUGGGUAAACAUGAAUAUGCUGCAGUAUCUAUGAGAGGUGGCAACUACAAUGGAGCUUAUGCAAAAAUUAAUGUGUGGAACCCCACAGUAAUGGAGAAUGAAGGCACUUUCUCUCAAAUUUGGGUCGCAGCAGGCCCCGAUUGGGAUGUGAACACUGUGGAGGCCGGAUGGAUGAUUAAUAGAGAACGGAGCAAUACCAAUGAGGCACAGAUUUUCACAUUCUGGACAGGUAAUGGCUAUCGCGGUAGUGGUUGCUACGAUGUUGAUUGCGAGGGAUUUGUACAUAUAAAUCGCCAGUUUGCCUUAGGUGCUGUGAUUCGACCAGUCUCUGUCUAUGGUGGAGACCAAUAUGAUGUACCUAUAAGAAUUACGAGGGUGCUUGAUACUGGAUCGUGGUGGCUGCACGUUGCGAACAUAGCUGUAGCCUACUGGCCUCCGGAACUCUUCAGUUAUCUAAAAGGCCCUGCUACUCGAAUCGAUUGGGGCGGAGAGAUAGUCGACAUGCAACAGCGUGGUAGUCAUACGUCAACGCAAAUGGGGAGUGGCCAUUUCCCUUAUGAAGGCCUUGGACAUGCGUCCUAUUUCAGCAAUCUAAAAUUCAUCGACGAAGGAUUAAUUGAGAGAGACCCGGAGAAUCUCCUGAAGAUUGUGCACAGAUCUGAAUGCUAUGACUUAAUGUUAAACAAAUUUGGAGUCGAUUUCUAUUAUGGGGGCCCCGGAUUUUCACCGCAGUGUACAAAUUUUUGAACAUAUGAUAACAUGCUUUCCUUUUUUUACGUACCCUAAUAAAAAUGGCUCUGUCAAGUGUUUUGCAGUGAGUA